UAUACUGAGCAUCGCUGCUAUGUUGCAUUCUGCACUUUCCCUCUCUCCUCUCUUAAUUUCCAUUGCUACCACUUCUCUGUUUUUGACAUAAACAGCAUGAAAAUGGAGAGAGGUUUUGGUUCCACUCAUCCUUGUUAUCCUCCUGCUUUCACCGCCGAGUUUAGCAUCAACUCCUCCUAUGAAGCCAACUUCAACUCCAUUUUCAACGACCCCAAUCUCCAACCCCUCCUCCCUCUACCCUCUGAUCCUUCCACCUUCAACUUCUUCAGCCAAGACUUCCCUUCUCUUCCCCUCGAACCUCAACUCCCAGUCCCUGAUCUUGACUCCCUUUACUCCUCUUCACUCCCCACCAAAAUCCCAGACAUCCUCCCUGACUCAACUCAGUUCCUUGACUUCUUUAACAAACCCUUACCAGACCUCCACUCACUCGAACAACCCCACCGCCAACCCCAUUUCACUGAGCCUUCCGCCUCCUCAUCAACUCGGAAGCUGAAACGUACUCGACUCGACUUAAACCUCUCUGACAACAACCCUCAAACCCUCGACUCCAUAGUCCAAAGCUUCAACUCGCCUUCUCCAGUGAUCCCACACAGUGAGCUAGCUCGGAAACGAAGGCAAAAGCUAAGCGACAAGACACGGUGUCUUCAAAAGCUAAUGCCAUGGGACAAGAAGAUGGACACUGGCACCAUGCUCCAAGAGGCUUAUAAAUAUAUCCGGUUCUUAGAAGCUCAAGUCUCCAUUCUCCAAUCAAUGCCGAUAAGUUCGAGCUUUGCAUCUACUGAACAUAAUGCUCCAGUUGGAUUCGAUUAUGGUGGGUUGGGAAGGCUGAAUAGACAGCAGCUUUUGCAGGUGCUGGUUAACUCUCCGGUGGCGCAAACCAUGCUUUAUUCACAGGGAUUUUGUCUAUUUGCUUAUGAGCAGUUGGUUUCCCUUAAGAAGGCUAAGGAGAGGAAAGCGGUGCUUCAACAGUUUCUCUUUGGUAAUUAAGUGAUAAAAAUAGAGGCAGGAUAUGUAUGGGUUUACGAAUUUUCUUGUUUUGUUGUUAGAUUUGAAAUCUUUAGGAUUAUAUGUGCAUGGACUUUUAAGUUUUAAUAGUUUUACAGUACAGGGAUUAAAUCAAUGCAAUGGAAUGAAUGCCUGCUCUUUCAA